UCUUUAAUUUUUCAUUUUCAGAUUUGGAAACUGAAGCUUUCUUCUUCCCACAGCAAAAAAGCCGAGUAUCAAAACAGAGUUUUUAUCAAAAAGAAUAGGUGUAAAAUACAGAGAUGAAAAAGAAAAUACAACCCAUCCCCAAAAAAAAGAAUCAUGUUUAGCUACACACAAAUUUAUUCUUAGACUUUCAAUCUUUCUACAUCUUGUUUCCCAUGGCCUACAAGACCCAAAUCACCACAAUCUUCUUCUCCAUCACAACCCAUUUUUUCCUUCUAUUGAUUAUCAAUUCAGCAUCUUCCCAACAAAUCCUGAGUACUGAAUCAACAUCAAACGCAGCAACUACAGAAGACUGCAGCAACCGCUGGAUCCAUAUCAGGAACCUCCCAUCUAGAUUCAAUCUUGAUCUACUUACUAACUGUUCUGAAUACCCACUUUUUGGUGACUUUUGUCCUUACUUAGCAAACCAUGGCUUAGGACAAAAAACCCAUAGCAAAUCUCGUAGUUGGUACCGUACUGACCCUUUGUUACUUGAACUAAUUUUCCAUAGAAGAAUACUGGAAUACCCUUGUCUUACAAAUGACCCUAAUGUUGCGAAUGCCAUCUUUCUUCCUUACUAUGCUGCCAUUGAUUCGUUAAGGUAUUUGUACGGUCCUGAUGUAAAUUCCAGCUUCCAACAUGGGAUGGAAUUGUUUGAGUUUUUGCAAUCUGAUGAACCUGGAAUAUGGAAACGGCAUAUGGGCCAUGAUCAUUUUUUGGUUAUGGCUAGACCUGCUUGGGAUUUCUCACAGCCUUUGGAUAAUGAUCCUCCUAUAUGGGGUACUUCAUUUCUUGAAUUGCCUCAGUUUUACAAUGUCACUGCUUUGGUUCCCGAGGGCAGAGCUUGGCCUUGGCAGGAGCAUGCUGUGCCUUAUCCUACGUCGUUUCAUCCUCCGAAUAUGGCAUGCUUUGAGGCUUGGAUUCAACGGGUGAAGAGGUCCAGAAGGACUUCUUUAAUGUUGUUUGCUGGUGGCGGAGGAAUUGCUGCCACCCCAAAUAUCAGGAGGAGUAUAAGGACUGAGUGUGAGAACAGCAACACUAGCAUCAACAGCAGCAGCAGCAGCAGCAGCAGCAGCAACUUUAACGUUCUUGAAAGGAAUGGAAUAUACUCGAAGAUAUGUCAUAUCGUGGAUUGUUCGAAUGGGAUAUGUGAGCAUGAUCCUAUAAGGUACAUGAGGCCUAUGCUACAAUCAACCUUUUGUUUGCAGCCUCCAGGGGAUACUCCAACUAGAAGGUCAACUUUUGAUGCAAUAACUGCAGGUUGUAUACCAGUUUUCUUUGAAGAAUUGUCAGCAAAAAUGCAGUAUGGGUGGCAUUUGCCAGAGGAGAAUUAUGCAGAGAUCUCGGUGUUUAUACCAAAGGAAGAUGUGGUUUUUAAAGGGCUAAAGAUUUUGGAUGUGUUAAUGGGGAUACCAAGGAGUGAGGUAAGGAGGAUGAGGGAAUCUAUUUUGGAGUUGAUCCCUAGAGUUACGUAUAGAAGGCAUGGUAGUUCACUGGGAUUGAGGACCAAGAAGGAUGCAUUUGAUACUGCAAUAGAUGGAACUCUACAAUCUAUCAAAGAUAAGCUUGCUAACAUGUAAAAGGGAUUACUAUUGCAGUGCUCAUUCUGGUGAGACAGGACUGAAAAUAUAUAAGUUAAAAGGCUUGAUGGAAAAGAAUAAAAAGUUUAUUAGCAGUGCCACAACUACAAUAUAACAAAUUUCGAACAAAAAGAAUGGAGCUGACAGGAUUAUGCAAGUACAAACUCCCACUAUCUACGUGCUUCUGGAUCUGGAAGUAGGAAUUGGAG